AGGGUGAAGGCACGAGCAGCAGCCAAGUAGACUUUGUGUGAGUCAACGUAAUUUGUAGCCAUGGGGCGCAUGUACGGCAAGGGCAAGGGCAUUGCCUCCUCCGCAAUUCCUUACAAGCGCACUCCGCCCAGCUGGUUGAAGAUGAAGCCUGAGGACGUGACUGAACACAUCUGCAAGUUGGCCAAGAAGGGCUUGACCCCUUCCCAGAUCGGUGUGACUCUGCGCGACAGCUUCGGCGUGCCAAUGGUGAAGACCGUGACAGGCAACCACAUCCUGCGCCUCCUGAAGUUGAACGGCCUUGCACCCAGCCUGCCGGAGGAUUUGUACUACCUCAUCAAGAAGGCCGUCUCCAUCCGAAAGCACUUGGACAAGAAUCGCAAGGACAAGGAUGCCAAGUUCCGCUUGAUUCUGGUGGAGAGCCGUAUCCACCGCCUGGCUAGGUACUACAAGCGCGUGAAGUCUCUGCCGGCCACCUGGAAGUACGUCUCGGCCACGGCUUCUGCGCUGGUGGCGUAGUUGGCAGGCUUCCUUGCAAUUCUUGGCAAAGUUUGACAGAUCUGAGUUGCUAGCUCCUGCACUUGAAAAAGAUGCUGCCGAAGGUGAAGCGUGCACAGUUGC